AGACGAGACUCGUGAAUCGUAAUGUUUAUGGUAGGAAAGACUUUUUAAUUUUAAUAUUUUACGAGCAAUUAGUGUCAAGCAACACCAAAUUGAAAACGUCAAAAAUAUAAAAAAAGCCGCAAAGGCUGUGUAUAUUUUAAUUUUACGUUUAAAAAUGUUGUUUUUCUUGCUUUUAUCACAUAUUUAGUGCAAUUUUUUUGUUCUAGUCCUUUUUUUCAAUUUACAAAAAGUAGCAAGUAUAAAACCAUUGACGAUAUUCAUUUUUGUGCCAUUUAUUAUUCGUGGUUUCUUUGUUAUGAAAAGAAGUUACUUUCUUAUGGUGAUUUUGUUUUGAAAAGUGAUAUCAGUACGCUAUGAAAAUGUGAAACAAAUGUUUUAGAGCCUAAUUGACACAAUGUACAUUCGAUAUCCCGCCAUUUUGUAAGAAAACUGGAAAAUCGCAAUUUGCAAUGUAGUGUAUUACGGUUUCCACACUAAGUAAGAAAGGAUGAAUUCAACAAUUUUCCAAUAAGAAUUGUGUUAGAAGUACAAUUAUACUAUAAAAAUGUCGACGUUACACAGUCAAACUGAUUGGACGAAGAUAAAACAAAAAAAUUUGGACUCAAAGUAUGAAAAGUGUAGAAAUAUUACAGAAGAGAUAUACAAACGUAUAAAUCUUACAUUUCCAGUGAAGAAAUUUGAGAAUCCACCUCAGAGUGAUCUGUCAGAAAGUGCAUCUAUUGACAGCAAUGACUUGAGUAAUGAAACUGACCUUUUUGCCUGUGAUAAAUCAUCUAUAUCAAGCAGUACUGAGUUGGAUGGAUUGGAGUUGGGUAGCAUUGCCUGUGAGAAGUAUAUUAACAUAAAUAACAAUGAAGAAAGAGUAAAGCAGACCUGGCAACCAAAAAGGCCAAAGAAAAGAUUCCGGAAACGAAUAAAGAAGCAACAAAAACAAUCAAAACAGUCAGAUGGUUCUAGUGAUGAGGGUCUACCACUUAGCCGAGUUGGGGAUAUAGAUGUUAGGCGAAGUACGUCACCUGAGAGACCUAAUGAUGUUAUGGGGGUGCCUAAUAUUGUCAUUAUCACCAGUGAUCUCAAAUAUAAAAUCAAAUCACCAACACCAGUCAAAGACAAGAAGAUAUCAAAACCAGAGAUAAUAGAAAGCAAAGAUUCAGACUCCUCUGAGAUAUCUAUAAAAGAUAAAAGAUUUUGCAAAAUUUGCAACUUGGUUUGUAGAGGGGAGAGAGGGCUUAGGCGUCAUCUUAAAAUGAGUCAUUUUGAAAAUCCACAUUUAACUGCAGAGCAACGGAAUUCACAAUAAGUUUGUGGAAGCUAAACGUCUCAGCACACGCCACACUGAUCAUUUGGAAUGACUUCUGAUGUAAAUGUUGGCGCUAAUGAUUUUUAAUAUCUUGAUAUCGUGCAAUAAAGACUCAAUUUUAUUUUCUCGAGUCUAUACCUAUAUACAAAAACCGUUAUAAAAAUAGUUUCAAACAACGCGUUCACGCGUCGGAGUGGUUUGUUUAUUUGUACUUUUUACGACUUAACGUACCUAUAAAAUUUAUAGAUAUAGAUAGAUGAUUUGGCGUUUUGGUAUUCAAGGGGAAUGGGUGGUUGUUCAGUAUUAAAAUAAGUAUUACGGAGCUAAGAUUAUUACAAUUUUUUAAUCAUAUAUUAUAUAAUUUGGUGUAAUUUGGACUUAAAUUUGAUGGAAAAGCUAGUAAUACUUAUUUAAAACCUGGAUGACGUAAAUGAUGGCAGGGUUUACAAUCUGUGAUUGGAUGUGAUGUAAGUUAGGAUGUCAUACCAUAAAUUAAAAAUAAUGGUUCGCUUUGACAAGUGACGUUGGUUGCCGUGGAAACAUUUUAAAACAUGGCGGAAUCUCAUAAGAUAUCAGGAAAACAUGAA